AUGCCCGACGAUCUGGGCGGCCCGGCAUCCCGGACCCCAGCACGGGAGCCACGCAUCACCGCCUUGCAACUCCUGAAGGAGGUCUACCCCCGGGAUGUGACCGACCGUGAGCGUCUGCGUGGCCUGUAUUCCAAGUUCCCGGCCGAUCGGUCCAUCAACCCCACCGGCUGGGACAGUCGCUUGGCCUUUUGGCGGGGCGCCAUCCAGCACCUGGCCCUGGCUGGGGUCUUUUCCGAGGCGCCUCCGGCAGACGGCCUGCUCCGGCCGGCUGUGCCCCCAACCAAGUCCACCCCCGCCCCCGGACGUCGAGCGGCUUUCUGGCGUGCGGUCUCCCUCACUCGGCCGGAUCUCUUGCAGGCCGGCUUCGAGGGCGCCCUUGGUGAGGACGCCCAGGCCGCAUGUGCCCAGGUGGCCACCGAGCUCUUGGCUCGCAGCGAUGCGGACCUCGAUCCGGGGCUAUGGCCAUCGGCCGUGGCACCUGGCGAGCCGGAAGCCACUGGCCCCGGGGGCGUGGCCUCGGCACAUGCCCCGGGCCCCGGUGGCCUUUCAGCGGCCGGAGGCCUGUGGCUCCCUCCUCCGAGCCUCGGCAGCCGACUUUUGGUCCCCGGUGCACCGGACUCCUUGGCCGCAUACUUUCUCGAUGCCGGAGCCCGGCCAUUAGGCAUGGCUGUUGUCCUGGAUGAACUGGUUGCCGAAGGAUCGCUCAUCCCGCCGGAAUACUUGCUCCAGGUGGCGCAGGCCAGCUCCGAUUUCCUGCUGCGCGACGCGGACCAUCACCACAAGCAUGCCAAAGGCGGGGGGUCGAGUCCCCUGCUCCAAUGGCCCGGGGCCCUUCUCGCCCGGCUGCUCGGCCACCAGUCGAGCCCGAUUGGCGCUCACGAUGCCGUGAAGGCCGCUGCCGGCCGGGCCGCUGCCGGCCGGACCACCGGCCACAAGGCCCCCGUUCGAUCAAUGCUCGUCAGCCGUUCGGCGGCCCGAGCCCUUGGCCAUGCCAUCUGCCAGGCACAUUGGUAUGCCUACCAUGUGGGGCAGGGGGACAUGGCCGCUGCCAGGGCCGUGCUUUCCCGGUCGCAGGCCGGGCGCCCGGCUUUUGGCAUUGAUCCAUCCCAACUACCGGCGGCCCUCGCAGCUGACGGCCAUACCAUGACCGCGCGACUGGCAUACUGUCGAUAUGCCCGAGCGCUGGGCUGCGUCGGACGUCGGCUCGACUUUGAUUUGGGCUUGCUGCAGCUGGCCUGGGAUGGCUUGGUCACCCUGGAAUUGGCCGCCGCCACCACUCGCAAUACACCCACCACAACUGCCGUGGUGGUGACCUUCCUUGCCAGCCCCGAUGCGCCGGAUGCCGGGCCGGUGCUCCACCAGCCGACCGCCGAGACUCGCGAGCGCCUCCGGCACCAGAGCAGCCAAACGGCGGCGGCCAUUUUGGAGGAUCUGGACGCCGGGCUGACCCUGCGUGCCAGCGUGCACGAAGCCCUGGCCACUUGCUUCGAGCAGGAGGCCCGCCGGGCCCUGGCCGGGCCAGGCUCGCGCGCGCGCCAGCUUCAACCCGCGCGUAUGGCCCUGCGCCAGCGCCAGGCUGCCCUCUCGCGGGCCGAGGCGUGCCGAUCUCUCGGGCUGAAUGUACUGAAUUCCCGGCAGCAACUCCUGGGAGCUGUGGACUUGGGCAGCAGCUUUGCCGCCCUGCGGGACAGUUCGGCCGUCCUUCGCUCGGUGCUCGGCCCCGGGGGCGCAGAUCGAGCUCUUUCCGCUGCCGACGACCUGGUCGAUCAACUGCAGGAUCUCUCCCUCCGAGGGGAGGAGGCAGCCCAAUCGUUGGCCCUCCCGGGGGAUGCCUGGCCAGAUGACGAGCUGGCGGCUGAUUUGGAAGCCGAGCUGGCGGCCCUCCUCGAGUCGGAGGAGGAGGAGGACUUUUUCGAUGCCCUCGAGGGGCCCAUGCCGACAAGCACUCGUGCCCCGGCUGGCGGACCCGUUCGCACGCCGUCUCCGCCUGCCAAGGUCCUGGCUCGUCGCCCAUGCAACAACGGCCGCAGCAGCCUCAACAUCAUCAACAACAACGGCAGCAGCCUCAACAUCAUCAACAACAACGGCAGCAGCCGCAGCAGCAACAGCCGCAGCAACAACAACAACAACCAGCACCGGCGCGGCCCCGGCCUCAACAAGCUCGCGAGCGAGCAUUCGCAUCGUAGACAUGGACCUCACUUACAUCUGUAG